UAAAUACAUAUAUGUUAUAAGCCCUUACCCACACGCUCAGUGAAACAAUGUAGUUGUUUAAGUAUAUAGGCUUACUGCUCAAGAUAACUAUUUAAGCUGGUAAUCUAAUAGCGUCUGUGAGUGAUAAAUAUACAAUAUUUUGUGUGAUAACUGUGCAACCUCACAUUACCAUGUGAGUAUGGCGUGAGUGUACAUGAAUCUUAAAGGAAAGAAGGACGGCUUGAGUGUUAUCAACAAAAAAGUGAGAAAUUAAAUAUUCAUUAUUAUGUAUCAUUAAGUGAGUACAAGGGUCUACCAAAUACAUUAUACUUGUAGAAGUUCACGUGAGUGACAAUAUGGACGAAGACCUCAUAGAAACAGCGAUCGGACGCUUUGGAAAAUAUCAAACAUGGAUUUUGUUUUUAAUAACAUUGGGCAGAUUUCCUGCAGAAUAUCAGUUAAAUAAUGUUGUGUUUAUUAUACCUUAUGUGGAUUACAAGUGUUUAGACAAUAAUGUAACCAAUUACUGUCCCUGUGAGAACCCGGAAUAUGACACCAGUACCAUUGUUAGUUCGGUGACGACAGAAUGGAACCUCAUAUGCAACAGGACAUAUUUGGCAAGUUUAGCACAAUCAAUGCUGCAAGUUGGAUUAUUGGCAGGCAGCUUACUAUAUGGAUAUUUUUCUGACAGAUGUGGCCGAAAAUCUGUGGUAGUGAUAUCGAUAUUCUCCGAAGUAGUUUUUGUUAUAAUCUCUGCAUUCGUUCCAUAUUUCUGGAUGUUUUUGGUCUGCCGUUUCUUGAUUGGUGCUUCUCUUGGUGGAGUGAUGCUGUGUUGCUACAUACUACUUAUUGAAUUGUGUGGAAAAUCAUUUAGACCAUACGCAUCAGGCCUCUCAGAAAUACCAUACAUCCUCUCUUAUUUCGCCCUUCCCGUCAAAGCAUACUUUGUGAGGGACUGGAGAAAUUUACAGCUGAUAACUGCAGUACCGUGGGUCAUAACCAUUGGGUAUUUCUGGUUAAUGCCCGAGUCUCCACGCUGGUUGAUCACAGUAGGACGAAAGAAGGAAGCUAUUGAAACUCUCACUUAUAUUGCCAAAAAAAAUAACCUGCCAACAAAUAACAUUGGAAAUAUUGUUGAAAAAUUGGAAUUAGAAAUCAAGAAUCAACACAAGACUGGCAAUUUUAUAGAUCUCUUCAGAACACCAAAAGUCAGGGCCUACACGUUAAUAACAGCGUUUGUAUGGAUGUUUUGUUCACACACUUUCUUUGGGAUCAAUCAGUACAUAGGCCGACUGCAAGGAAAUAUAUACAUAAAUGUGCUACUGUCUGCAGCGUGUCUCACGCCUGGUUUACUAAUAGUAGUAUUGACUAAUUUAUAUUUAAAAAGGAGGAUAAGUGUAAUAUCUAGUUUCGCCACAGCUUCUUUAUCUUUAUUAUUAUUUAUCGUCAUCCCUAGUGAUAUAAGAGUAGCUACGCUAGUAUUCGCAAUAAUAGGCUUAACAGCAGCUUAUAUGGCAUUUGUUCAAAUAUAUUUGUACUCAUCCGAAGUAUUUCCUACUGUUAUAAGAAAUUCUGCGAUAGGUUUUGCCUCAAUGUUUGCUAGGUUCGGAGGAUUUAUUGCUCCCUUUGUAGUUAAUAUUGGCAUCGAAUGGGUUUCUAUACUUAUAUUUAGCGGUGUGGCCCUCGCUGCUGCAAUCUUGUGUUAUUUUCUUCCUGAAACUAAAUCGAUUACUCUUCCCAAUACUAUUGAACAAAGCGAGAAGAAAACAAGCCGAACGAACAUGUAAAUAGUUAGUUAAGUGGUUUAUUAUUAAUUUUAUUGUUCCUGAGAUAUUAUUAAUAUUUUUUUAGGUAAGUUUUAAGUACCUGUUCGAAUUCUAUUAACAUAUCUAUUUUAAAAUUCGUAUAGUGUGUAAGUACUUAGGCGUUAAUUUUUUUAUUGUUCUAUGUUAAAUCGGCAUCGGUUAGAUUUAUAAUUGUUUUAAUUUUAUUAUUAAUUACUUUAAAGUGACUUAAGUAAUUGUUUACUUUUUCUUCCAAUCGUAUCGUUUUUGAACAUAUAAAGAAAUUGAUUUCAAUUGUAUUUCUAUUGGCUACGUACUUAAGUCUAUUAAUGAAAUUACACAGCAACUUUUGUAUCUUCCUUAUCGUUAUAAGACCUUCGUAUAUCCUUAUAUCAUUAAAUUAAUUCAUUUUACUUAUCAACCUAAUCCUUUGCAAAUAGAUAUGAACCAGUUGCAUUAAUAUACACAUUCCUCUGAGUGCGUGUUUUUGAAUGGCCCGCCUUGCCCGUACGCACGAGUCAUUGUUUUGCUACGUAAUAAUAGAUUCUCUAUCGACACAAAUACGACGUUAAAGUUGAAAAAAUCUUGCGAUGAUUCCUGCUAGGGAAAUUAUAAGGCCUGAAACUGCGUUAAGCGAUGGUCGCCGCGUCUGGGACCUUCGAGUAUAUCUACAUGGAGCUCACCCGCUUUCCGCGCGUGUUGACACGCAAUUUCAGGCCUUACUGACUAAACCACUACGUUUUCUCCCGCUUCAAACCGGACGCCGGACAUCUUUGCGUUUUAAUCGCUACUUUGUGUGCCUAUACAAUCGAGAUGUAUCAAUGUAUAGUUCUAUUGUUUCAUACUUUUUAUUAUUUACGGUUUGCUAAACAAACGUUUCGGUACUUAUAAAUGUCAUAGUAAAUCACUAAAGGGUAGGUUCGCUAUGUAAGAUUAGACCUUCCAUAUUAAUUCUAAUUAUCUUGUACAAAUCUGGAAUACCUAUAACAAAAUAUUCUCAUAUAUGGUUAGUUUUUGAGAAGUUCGGCUUCAUUAUAAUAACACUAUCGAUUUCGUUAAGUAAAAGUGACGCCAUCUAUGGUUUUAAACUACAAUUUUCUUUAUCAAAUCAAUUUCAAUUUCGUUUAAAAUAAUUAUAAUAUAUGAACUGUUAAUAUUAUUGAGUUUUGAGACACAAAUAUUACAAAUUGGAUAGAUAACUUGUAUAGCUGAAGUAAGAUUAAAACAAUGUUACUUUGAACGUCAUGGUUAGCCCCCAGAUCGCGUCGCGUUUGUACUUAUUUUAUUUCUAAAUAAUAAUUGUAAAGAAUACAAAGUACCUAACAUUUAUUAUGUAAAGACAUUUAUCAAUAAGCUUAUAAUAAUUUUAUAACACAUUAAGAUAUUUAAUGCAAGAAAAUAAAUAUGCUACCUAUAGAUAACAAUAAGAUUUAUCUUUAUCACAAUAAGCAGCUACGUAUUAAUUUGGCAUUAAUGAGAACUCACAGUCGAAUCUACGAAAAAACCUAAAUUAUUUUUACCUUCUAAAU